AAACAUGGAUCUUAUCAUCCGUAUCAGUUCAUAAUAUUCGUUGCAAUAGAUAAAGAAUUUGGAGCAUAGGAUGACAUUCCACCAGUAAGAGGAAUGCAAUAUCAUUUUAUUUAAACAAAAUACUGAUUGGAUGAAAGAAAGAUGUUGGAAUAGGAAAAAAAAUGUUACAAAUGCAAAGGACAUGGUCAGUUUAUAUAUACAUCUUCAUCAUUGGUUUUGGACACAUUUAUGGAUACGCUGAAAUUUCUUCAGACUUUGAGACCUAUAUCCAGCUUAGUACUUACUGCAUACAGGCUACAGGAAAAACUUACAUAGAGUUUUCGAUCAAAGCUUCGACUGAUGUUCAUGUUGCAUUAAUGACCCAAGACCUUUCCACACCACGAGACGAUUGGAGCCAGUUUUAUGAAAUCGUCAUCGGUGUAUGGUCCAAUCAAAAGUCUUGCAUUCGGGCUCUAAAGGAAUAUUGUGCAUAUACUGAAUCUCCUGGAAUAUUAAACAGUGCCGGUUAUGUACAGUUGUGGAUCAGCUGGGAUAAUGGCGACAUUCAACUUGGAAAAGGACCCAAAGCGGAUGGCGUCGUAGUUGUCAGUCACCCUCAGAUCAUUCCAUAUGACGUCAAUUAUCUUGCGGUGAUGACGCAUUACACUAGUUCGUGGAGAUUCUAUGAAGAGACAGAUUGCAAAUUUGAAGAAUUCAACAAUACUUACAUUGUAACAAAUGAUACCAGAUGCAAUGGAGUAACAAAUUAUGCAUGCGCAAGCGGAUACAACCUAACUUCCGGGAACCUCUCUCGGCUUUGUGGGACUGGACUAGAGUGGAUAGGUGACCCUCCGUUCUGUUCUGCAAUUCCAUUAUGCCCUGAGAUAAAUUCAACCUCCUCUGUCAUCGUAUUAAGCCAAAACAUACAGAUUGGUGGGAUACUGUUAAUGACAUGCGCAAAACACCAUGCAUUGGUUAUCGGUAACCUGUUUAGAACUUGCCUUCCUAAUGCAACAUGGGAUGGUCUGGAACCUGUUUGUGAAGGUUGCAUUUGUCCAAGCGCUGGUGUAGGAUAUCAGUUUAACACGACAGAAGAACUCAUCAAAAGAAUGGAGGAAAUGAAGAAAAAGCUAAAAAUAGAAAGGGAGAAAACGAAUGCCUUUAUCCGGUCCAAGACCAGUGUUAAAGACAGCCGUACCUCCUCCACAGGAAUCGGUUUCGUCCUUGGCUGGGGUAUAAUAGGGUCCUUACCGGUGGCUAUUUGUUUGGGUGAUGCCGCUUCCCUGUUACGUCAUAUGAGACACGGCGUUUAAUGAAACGAUGAACAUCAAUAUAAACUUAAGUCAUACAAGACAUGAUCUUUAAAUUCUUUAACCACAAUUUCGGGGCCUUACAGCUUAGUUGAGCUUAUAUUUGAUUUCGUUUUCCGGAAAUAAGACAUUUAUUUUGAACAGUUUGACAGAUCAAAAUCGAGAAUGUUUCUGUAUUUAUUUUUUGACUCAGAAACCUGAUUUGCCGACUUUUUUUUUUUACCAAAACGUUUCCGACGUCAAUAAAGUUUGUUCAAUUAAGAAAUGAAGAUAAUAAUUUUUUCUACUGAUCGACGUAUCAAAGAAAAAAUUGACCGGAAAACUUCAUCAAUGCGCGUAAUUAAUUUCAAUCGUUGUUGUUUUAUUUUAUCGAAAAAUAAAUCGAAAUUGAUGAAAAGACAUUUCAAAUGCGAAAUGUUGAAAAUUUCACAUUAUUUUAUUUCAUUUUUUUUUCCUUCAAAUUAUUCGAUUUAUCAGGGUGAACACUUCUGUUUGAACAAAACUUAUAUUUUGUUCACCUUUCUAAUAUUUGUUUAAACAAAAUGUCUGUUUUCGUAAUUAAUAUUAAAAAUAUUUUUUUUAAUUUCAUGCUUAACUUAACCUUUGUACAAGAUUUUCAUUGUGUUGACAAUUCUAUGGCGUUAUUCUAUGAUUUAUUUACUAGUCUGUAUGUUUUAUAAAAUAUUGUAUUGUUUAAUGUUUUAAUUUGAAAUCCUUGAAUAAAGAAAAGUGUUGAAAAAGGUUACGCAUGUAAUAGUGCAUAAGUUGAUUUAUCGUAAUUAGCUGAUAAUAAGACAUGUUUCCUGUAUUUAGGGGCAAUAACUAAGAAGGUUGGAUGAUCAAAGCAAUUUUAAGGCUAGUAUAUAAUUCUCCUUGAGAAGAUGAUCUCUGUAUAAAGAAAUAAAAAAAUACUGGUAUUUAAAUGUGAAAAAGUUAUUACGAUCAAUUCUAUGUAAGAAUCAAAAUACCUUGAUACAAAGAAGGGUAUUUGAAAACUUUAACAGAAAAUGGUAGAAAUGGUUAUUUCUUUUAAAGUAGUUAGCUGGUUAAACAUUUCGAGUUUUUUCCCCUCUUUUUUCUU